AUUUCUUCGCCAAGUUUCACUCAAAACGUCACGCUCGAAGCAGGAACGUAACUCUCGUCUCGUUUACGCGCUCACUGGAAUCUAGUCGAUUUGAUAGGUACUGUCUGAGCGGAGAUCUAUGGCGGAGCACGCGGCGGAGAGCAAAUCUUUUCUGGAGAAGAUCGCUGAUAAGAUCCAAGAUCAUGAUUCCUCCUCCUCUGAUUCCGAUGACGAUAAGCCAUCGCAAGUCGAAGCCGUUACGACCAAGAAGUGGAGGCCCUUCGGCAGAGAGAAACCUGUUCACAAGGUUCUCGGUGGUGGAAAACCUGCUGAUGUUUUACUAUGGAGGAACAAGAAAAUCUCUGCAGGUGUGCUUGGUGGAGCCACUGCUCUGUGGAUUCUCUUUGAAUUACUUGAAUACCACUUACUUACAUUGGUCUGCCAUAUAUUGAUACUUGCUCUUGCUGUACUUUUCCUAUGGUCCAAUGCAUCCAAGUUUAUCAACAAAUCAACUCCUCAAAUACCAGACGUUAAAAUCCCUGAAAAGCAUGUUUUGGAAGUUGCUUCUGCUCUGACAUAUGAAAUUAACUGGGGCUUGACUGUCCUGCGAGAAAUUGCAUCUGGGAGAGAUUUGAAGAAAUUUCUUGGUGCCAUUGCUGGCUUGUGGGUUCUGUCAAUUGUGGGUAGUUGGUGCAACUUCCUGACCUUGUUCUACAUAUCCUUUGUUUUGCUCCACACUGUUCCUGUGAUUUACGAGAAGUAUGAGGACCAGAUUGAUCCAUUUGCUGAGAAGGCACUGAUUGAGAUCAAGAAGCAAUAUGCUGUCUUCGACGAAAAGGUUUUGAGGCAAGUUUUGAGUAAAAUUCCCAAAGGUGCAUUUAAGGACAAGAAGAAGGAAUAGAUACAUUCAGUGGAUGAAGGUUUUGAAUUCCUUGCAUUUUGACGAAUGUGGUGUUGUAGUUUAUUAUCCGUUAGAAUCUUUGUUUUCCUUUUUUAUGUUUUAAAAUAGUGGUUGAGUGCACACAUGUUAAACUAAAUGAUUAUGUUAUUGCAAUGAUGUUUACAUUCUCUGGGAUUAUUUAUAUAUGUCAUUUAUUUUAUUUAAA